GCCGCCCUCGCCCCGCUUAAAAGGGCAACGCGGCGCUCGGCCCGGUCCGGGCCCUGUGCCAGAGGCAGCGCCGCGCCUUCCCGGCCCGUGCGGACCCGGAUCCCCUGCAGGGUGGCGCCGGGUCCCGUCCGCCCGGCACCGGGACAAGCGGCCCCGCCCCGCACACAACCGCUGCCCGGGCCCGGGGCCAGUUUAAGGCGGGGGUGGGACUCGGCCGCGCGGGUCCAGGAUGCGGAUCCUGGUGUGGGCCGGGCCGGGCCGGGCGGGGCCGGGCUGGGCGCUGCCUGCCCGGGCAGCCGGGCUUCCUGCUCCUGCUCCUGCUCCUGCUCCUGCCCGCAGCGCCGGCCCGGUGCCCCCGCGCCUGCGAGCCCGCCACGGCUCAGGGUGAGACGCGCCGUGCCAAGGGCUGGACACGGGACGCGCCGCCGCCUCCCAGCCCGGGGAAAGCGGGGCGCACUCCGCUUGGGGAGGGUCAACCCCCGGCUGGGCCGAAAGCAGCAUCCCUGCUCCCGGGGACCCAGAGUCACAGCCCUGACGGUCACCGAAGCCGCCCACCCUGCGUCCCAGCCCUGGGAGCGGCUGUGGGGCCAGGCAAUGGAGGCUGGCAGCCCCGCACUCCUGGACAUGCUCUUUGAGCAGGGGGAACUGCAUCCUGGUGCCAAGCUGCCCAGCCCAGCCCCCUUCCCUGCCUUGGACCCAGGUCCCAGGGGCUCCGAGAAAGCACUGGGGGAGUGGGCAGCCAAAGGAGACCAGCUCCCACCCCUGGCAUCCCCUCUACAGGGGCUGAACAAGAGCGAGCCCGAGGACGUGCUGGGGCUGCUCAUCAACCCCAAUGCCAUGUACCACGCGGGCAGUGCCUUGGGCUCCCCGGGCAGCGACAGUAGCAUCUCGGACGAGCCCCCUGCCGGCAGCCCCCCACACGCCAUGGCCCACCAGCCCCAGGGUCCCCCGGCUGCUGUUUACCAAGUGGUCUGUGACAUCGGGGAGCUGAAGAGCGAGCCCCUCCGCACCAGCAUCAUCUCCAUUCAGCUGGAUGACUGGUCUUCCCCAAUGCUGAUCCCCGAUACCUGCGUCGUGGAGGAGCUGCCUCCCAUGCACACAUUGGACUCAGCUGGGCCUGACGCAGUUCCUGGGCUGGGCAGUACCAGGGACAUGCAGGUGCCUGAGGUCCUGCAGCUGCAGUUCCCAGAUCUGCUCCUGACAGAGGAGGAGAGGCGGCUGCUGACACAGGAGGGGGUGUCACUGCCCAGCGGCCUACCCCUCACCAAGGCAGAGGAGCGGAUCCUGAAGAAGGUGAGGAGAAAGAUCCGCAACAAGCAGUCAGCCCAGGACAGCCGGCGGCGGAAGAAGGAGUACAUCGACGGACUGGAGGGCAGGGCGGCCGCCUGCUCAGCCCAGAACCAGGAACUGCGGAAGAAGGUGCAGGAGCUGGAGAGACACAACGGGGCCCUGCUAAGCCAGUUGCAGAAGCUGCAAGCGCUGAUCAAGCAGACGUCCAACAAGGCAGCUCAGACCAGCACCUGCAUCCUGAUCCUGCUCUUCUCCCUGGGACUCAUCGCCUUCCCCAGCUAUAGCCUCUUCCACAGUGGGAGGCAGGCAGGCGAGGCCUACAAGCCCAGGGGAGUGAUCUCCAGGAACAUCCUAGCCCAGGCAGAUCAUUCGGCCCCGGUGGAGGAGGCACCUGAGCCGCCCCGCAGGGAGCAGCCAGCACUGGAGGGGGCAGCUGGGAACCCCGGCCUAGGGCAGGAGGUCUCCAACAUCUCUGACACGGCCCCACCUGCAGACCCCCGGGCUCAGGCCUGGUUGCAGCAGGCAGUCCCUGCAGGGCUGCCCCAGGGGCAGGCAGCCAAGCUGCUUCACGCCAAUGAGAUGUGACGAAGCAGCCAGAGCCCAAGCAGGUCCUGCUGCCUUGCUGCUUGCAGCCAUGGAGAAGCGUCUCCAGCCCAGCCCACAGCCCCCAGUGAUGCCCAGAGCCCCCCAGGAGCAGUAGAGUCCACAGGCCCCAGGGUACAGCACAGCCACAAAGCCAGAGUCCCAUGACCCCGAGCUGUGACGGGCCCUUUCAGAGCAGAUUUCUGCCCAGCAGGACCUGUCAGCUCAGGCUGGGCUGAGCCAGGCCCCAGCAGCACUGAGGGGCGCUGCAGCUGGCCUGGCGGCCCAGCCUCUGGGAAGGUGCUGGGAAGGGCCCUGCUCAGGGGAGAGGGAGGCAGACUCAUUUUUAAUAAAACAUCAUUUGGUUCUUCCUG